CACUUCCGCUGGCAACCAAAAGCAGUCAGACGUGAGGGAUGUCAAAGAAAAUUGAAUGUGGAGAGAAGAGACGAUUCAGAAACAGGAAAGGAACCGUUUGACAAUACUCUAUUUAUAGAACAAAGAUAAUUUAAGAGUUCGUGGGAAGAAUUUAAAUAGACAUUUCUAAAAUAACACAUUUUUAGCCAAAUCUCCUGUUUUGUGGGUAAAAACGAAAGAGAUGGGGACAAGAGCUAGUCGUUUACAAGAGGACCCAGUGUCUUCGGCUUUCGUCAAAGAUGGCAUAAAGCGCGAUUCCUAUCGACGACCCCGCUGCAAUAGGCCCGCCAGUCUUAAGAUAGACUUUUUGGGGAGUUUUGACGAUUCGGAGACCAACCGUAGCCGAUCGGAGGAGGGCAGCGAUUCGGACAUAGGGCAACAGGCGAGCGCCGUUGGAAGCCCCGCCGACCACAACAGCCACCCAUCCAUCAGCCAGUCAUCACCAGCGGAAGACAACAGCGAAUGCAAGCGCGAGGAAGACGGUAAUAGCAGUCCCGAGGGUGCUGUCAACGGGGAACAUCUGCCUGGAGAGGAGACAGGCCGCGUGUCUCACCGCACUUUCUCUGAACGUUUACCCGGUAAUCGACACUCUAACGGGCGCAACGUCAGAAUGAGAAGCAUCAAUCAACGCCCGGUGUCAGAGGCUUGGAUUGGCCUCUACCGUGUCAACAACCGACAUGAUAUCCGCUGUCCGUUCUGCUCCAAGUCUUUCUCGGGGGGCAAGAUUGAGAAUCACCUGUUGAGCUGCCUCACAUCUCCACCUCUCCCUUACAACACGGACGUGCUCAGUAAGGACAGCGGUGAGUGUUCCAUCUGUCUGGAGGAGCUGCAGCAGGGAGAGACCAUUGCCCGGCUGGCCUGCCUAUGUGUCUACCACAAGGGCUGUAUUGACUCCUGGUCCAAGGUGAAGCCAUGCUGUCCCGAACACCCUAUUGAUUGACUCAUGGGUCACAUGUCCUGCUCAGGGACACACCUGACUCAGGAGACUGCAAUGUUUCUAUAAUUGCAGCAAAUAUAUUACAGCAAAGAAAAAUACCAGAGGCAAGCCUCCUAAUUUUACUGACCCAGACACAGCCCCAAAAGGAUGCGACCGCAGACCACUUUUUUCUCUUCGACCUGGUUCAGUCCAUUUGAGCUGGUUCAGUCUGUUUGAGCUCACCUCAGACCACUUUAACUACCGCUGGAAUAGACAGACACCUCUCCUCUGUGAACAUAGCCCAAACUAUAAACUGCUGCACUCCAGAAAAACGGUAAAUCGAUAUAUUAUCAUACCAGGUUGACAGUCCCGUGAAAGUCCUUUUUAACUCGAGGAGGAGAGGAAAAAUUUGUGUUUCUGUUGUCCCAUGCAUUCCUCUUCCCCUAAUGUGGACUUUUCCAUAUGGGAUAGGUCAUUUUUGUCUUUUAUGAUGCAGCAAAACAAUAUUGGGUAGAGAUUCACGUUCCAGUGAAUAAAUGUUUCUGCCCAUAAAAGAUAACCAUCCCAGCUCUGAAAAUGUUAACUGUUCAUGCUUAAAUAUUGCAAUGCAUUGUUUUUUAUAGCCCGAUGUUGGAAAGCAGGGCUUUAUGUUGUGGAUGGGUUUGCUGUAGUAGUGAUUGUAGGUGGUUUUCUAUUGUCACCAUGAUACAUUUCAGGAGAAGGAUGGUGGGUGUGGAGUUAAAAGCGGAUGAUGUCAGUUUGUGUGGUUGGUUGGUGCUGAACCCACUGUGUUAGCGCCUUUUACCGCAGCUACAGUAGGUUGUUGGCAUUUCCCAGGCCAUAGUACUGGUGUCAUGCCCAUACUAAGCACUUUUUACCCCAAGGCUGAACUUUCUUCUCAGAUAAGGUGUGCUUGAUUGAACCACAGUUGCUAAUUUAGUAACACCAGUAGUGUGUGUGUGUUUAUAUAUGUGUGAUAGCGGUGUGGACGAAUGGGGACAGUCAAUGUCCUGGAUGACAGCGCCCGACUCUGGACAGCAGAGGCGAACUGCAGACUUCUCACUGGUUGUGUAAAUGAGAGGUGUGUGUGUGUUCUUUGUGCCCUUAUACCCUCUGGGUGAGAUUGUUUUAACCCUAGCGUUGUUACAUGUCAUUUCAGCAAGCCAUGACACCCACCAUCUUAGAUUGUUCUGAAAUCGUUUCUGUAGUUAGAAACAGAUAAGUGUUCCUGAAUACUUUCCUGACACUACUUGUCUGUCACAGAGGACUGAUACUACAGUGCCUCGGAAAGUAUUCAGACCCCUUGACUUUUUCCACAUUUUGUUUCGUUACAGCCUUAUUCUAAAAUGGAUUACAUU